AAUCCCAAAUCCACAUUCCACCACCGGUAAGCUUUUCCCUCUAUUUCCAUUCCAAUCAGUAUCAGAUAUGGAGACCCUACACCCCGCUCAUCUCUCUCUCCAUAAACCCAUGACGAUCUUUUGAGGUUUGAUCGAGAAUCUGAAAACUCCUCGAAGAAUUUUAUCAAGGUGGGGCUUGAAUUUUCGGAGAAUGGGGUGCUUUCUUGGUUGCUUCGGUGCUUCGAAGAAUCACCGGCGUCAGAGACGCAGGGAACAUGUUCAGCCUCGAGGAAACAGAAUCUCUGAAGGAUCUUCGAAGAAUGAUCAUCUGAAGGCUGAGGUUCCAAUGGUUGAGGAAAUCUCCAAAGUGUCCGAAAAUCAAAACCCUGAUCUCUAUGAAAAAGUUGAAGAGAGAUGCAAUCGGAGCCCUACCCGGAAGAAAGUAACUUUUGACUCGAAUAUCAAAACCUAUGAACAUAUUUUACCGGAUGAAUCUGUUGAAUUUCCAAAAGAUAAAGAAGAGAUCAGACCAGAGGAGAAACCUGUGAAGUCAAGCCAGAUUCAAUCUCCAUCCGAGAACAGCUCAAUCACAUCGAACUCGUCAGGGACCUUCCCUCCAAAACACCGAUACCAGAAUUGCAGAGAGAGUGAUGACGAAGAGGAUGGAAUAGAAUGUGAUGAGAGCGAUCUAGACGAUAUUGACGAUGAAGACGGAUUGUUUGAUGAAGAUUAUUAUAGCGAUGGUGGUGGCUAUUACGAGAGUAAGUUACCGAACCAGGCCAAGGAAGUUUAUGCGGAGAAGAUUGCAGAAAACGGUUUGGAAAUGGAGGAGAUAGAAGCGGAGCCGAGAGGGUCGAAUGCAAGUGCCAGAGACAGAAGUGGCUAUGUCCACCCCGUAUUGAACCCAGUUGAAAAUCUCACUCAGUGGAAAGCUGUGAAAUCUAAAGGGAGAGUAAUACCGAGAGAACCUCAAAAAGAGAACCUUAACAUCAUCUCCGCCUUCAGCACAGAACCCCGGCUUGAUGAAUCAUCACCAUUCAGCUUCAAGCCGAAACCCAGAGAUGAACCCAAGAAAACAAAGAACCAAGAAUUUGCCGUUGAUGCCAGUCUUUCAACUUGGUUAUCUUCGUCAGAGACAACUCCAGAGAAAACCAACUCCUGCAACUCAACACCGAUUAAUAACCACGAUGAAAGGCCUAUACCGGGCGCAUUGACAGCAGAGGAAAUAAAAAAGUUCUCAGCUUUUUCGUCACCAAGGAAAUCGCCAAGCAAAAGCCCUGAUGAGACGCCUAUUAUCGGUUCAGUCGGAAGUUGCUGGGAUCACUCAGUAAGUGGAAAGGAUCAUAGCUCUGCCUCUUCAUUCAAAGGAAUGCCAACCACAAGCAGCAAGUACAGAGAGGAUAAGAGAUUGAAUCGGCAUUCGACGCCAUUUGAGGCAAGAUUGGAGAGAGGCUUGAACAGCUGAGGAGGAGGACAAAUCUAUAAUGGCUUACUCACACGAAUCACUCCAACGAUAUCUGUUAGAUUAGUACUAUGCAAAGAAUCAUUCUUUUAUUAUAUUAUUGCCUUGUGAGAUUUCUCAUGGUUGUGUUCGUCUGUUUCUCACUGCAAUAUAUUCCUUCUGUUUGUGUUGUUUGACACUGAAUACUAUUGUAUCUCGUAUAGCAGUCAUGUUAUAUGUAGCAUUCUUCUGGUUUUCUUUA